CUCUCUUUCUUUCGGUGUUUCGAAGUUUCAGUUAUUGCUGUUAUGUAAAUCUGAAUUACUCUGAAGUGUUGUUACGAUCGGUAUAGUGACUGCGUUAUUAUUGAUUCUUUGUAUGGUUUUCUGAUCGUGCUAGGGUUAUGCAUGGAAUUAGGGUUUUAUUUUUUUAAUUUGCCGGGGACGAGGCGGUUUUUUUUGGAAGGGAUUAUGGAUGGUGGAUCCACCGCCCGGAUAAUUACUAUUUAAUUUUUGUUUAUUUGACAUCAAGAAGACACGGAGAUGCUUGCUCAGCACACGGAGCCACGGGACCCGGUGCAAGUUGAUGCAUUGCUCGAUGGUACUCAGCCUAUAGAAGUUGAGGAUGGUGGUGGUGCUGCUUUGAAUGGCAUCCCAACUGGUGGAGGCAAGGGUGAUAUUCUUGAUGGCCAAAAAACUGGUGAUAUGGCUGAUUUAGAUGUGGGUGGAGGCGAUGGUUCAUCUAAUAUGGCAAAAAAGCGGAGAAUUGUUGAAGUAGUGGAUGAAAACCCAAGGUGUAAUGAUUUACAGCUUGAACAUGUGAAGCCUUAUAUUAACAAUGUGAGCCUAGUCAAUAAAGGGGGUCCUCAAUGGUCUCGUGUCCUUUGUGGUUCUUGUACUGUGGAAGAGCAAGAGCCGGACUUUUCCUACUUUAAUGACAGAAUUCGUAAUCUGUGGAAAGCACAUGACAUUGAAAUUGAAUAUAUCAUGAAGAAGCUUAAGGGUUUUUAUAUUUUCAUAUUCAACAUUGAUGAAGGUAUGUUAGAUGCUCUAGAAAAAGGACCAUGGACCAUCGGUGAUGUCCAAAUUGUUCUCAAGAGGUGGGGUCCGGGUCACUUUCUUGACAAGCAUAAAGAAGAUAAAAAGAACCCUGUUUGGAUUCGAAUGUAUGACAUGCCUUGCGGGUUGUGGAAGUUGGAUGUGGUGAAGAUCAUGUCUAGCAUGUUUGGUAUUCCUAUAGGCGUUGAUGUUCAUACAAGACAUAUUUGUGAGAUUGGGUCGCAUACAGCUGAAUAUGCUAGAGUUUUGGUUGAUGUUGACACAACUAGAGAUCUGGUUGGUGGGAUUUCUGUUUCAUUCCCUAAUGGUAAUGGAUAUCUGUUGUCCGAUCUUCGAAUUGAGUACCCAAUUAGUAGGUGUUCUUUUUGCAAGGCGUUUGACCAUACUGUUAGAAAUUGUGUUGGGGCGAAGGACAAAGCCAACAAGCUCAAUGAGAUGCAUUUGAAGAAAGAACAACAGGACGCUACUAUCAAGGUUGCGGUUGCUCGUGAUCAAGACCUGGUUGAACAGAUAGGGAAGGAUAUAUAUUUUGAUCUUGUCGACCAUAACAAAGUUUGGAGCUUUUGUGUAGAGAAGCAAAUGCCAUUUAACAAAGUGAAGGAAGAGGUUGCUAGAGCAUUUGGUGUGCCUGUUGAAUGUCAACGGUUCUGGACAUGGGCAAAGAGACAGAACCACACAUACCGUCCUUAUAGGCCUUUAACACGCCUAGAGGAAACAAAAUCGGUUGGGGAGUUGAGGGUGGCUUACAAUAAGAUUGGUAAUGCUGAAGCUGAACUGAAUUUAUUCUUGGAGACAACUGUGAUUGGCCCGGAUUCGCGUCCGCUUCCUCCACCUCACAUAAGCAAAGAAGAUAUACUUGUUUUCUUCAAGCUUUAUGAUCCUGACAAGUUACAACUCCGAUAUGUUGGUAGGCUUUUUGUGAGGAGUUCUGGAACACCAACUGAAAUUAUAUCAAAAUUAAAUGAGAUAGUUGGAUUUAGUCCGGAUGAAGAAAUCGAACUGUAUGAGGAAAUUAAAUUUGACAAGUAUCAAGAACUAGAAUUUGGUUCAUGUGUGAUGUGUGAACGUCUUGACAAGAGAAUCUCAUUUAGAUCUAGCCAGAUCAGGGACGGAGACAUUAUUUGCUUUCAGAAACUAUCCCAGAUUGAAUACAAAUACGCUGACGUUCCUUCAUUUCUGGAACAUGUCAAAAAUCGUCAGGUGGUUCGUUUUCGAUCUCUGGAUAGGCCUAAUGAGUAAUGAGGAUGCUUUUAUUCUUGAAUUGUCAAAGUUGCAUACAUACGAUGAUGUGGCUGACAGAGUUGCUGAGCGACUUGAUGUGGCCGAUCCAUCAAAAAUCAGGUUUACUCGUCACAACUAUUAUCUUAAAAAGCCAGAGUCCAACCCAAUCCAGUAUCGUUU